AUGAAGGUUAACUUCUUGACUCUUGCCGCCAUGGCACUCGCCAAUAUCCCUGGCGCGGCCGCAGCCCCCGCAGACGCGCCUAUGGGGAUCGAGAUCACAGAGCGCGAUGGAGUGACUUUGAUUCGUGAAGUGCCUCAUGGGCGCCUCGGUGUCGACAAGAGAUGCAGGCAGUGUGUCCAUCUCGGUAACCGCUGCACCAUUGGCGAUGGAAGCUGCUAUGCAUCUGAACACGGAAGCUGCACUUGGUGCGGCAACCACUGCAAGUCCAAUCUGCAUCCCUAA